UACAUAUCGAGUGCGUAUAAUAUCGGCGGCCGCCGCGCUAGCCUCUGCACGUACACACACGCAAAGACGGAGGGAGAGAGAGAGACAGAGCGCGAGGAAGACGACGGAUAGCGACCCCCCCGUACUCUUAUUUGGUUUCCUCGCAUCAUCAGCGGCGGCUACACGAGAAGCAGUUUCACGAGGAUAUCAUGGCGGUGCCGACAGCCGGUGUAGUUGUACCAAGAAACUUCCGUCUAUUGGAAGAACUUGAACAAGGACAAAAAGGUGUUGGUGAUGGUACAAUCAGUUGGGGUCUUGAGAAUGACGACGACAUGACGUUAACUCAUUGGACCGGCAUGAUCAUAGGACCACCUAGGACACCAUAUGAAAAUAGGAUGUAUAGUCUUAAAAUUGAUUGUGGUCAGAGAUACCCAGAUGAUGCUCCCAGCGUCAGAUUCUUAAGUAGAAUUAAUAUGAGUUGCAUCAACAGUACUACAGGAGCAGUAGAUAAUCGCAGUGUACCAAUUUUAUCUAAAUGGCAGCGCGAAUACACGAUUAAAACGGUUCUCACAGAGCUACGUCGUUUAAUGACGCUGAAGGAAAACAUGAAAUUAUCUCAACCACCUGAGGGUAGCACAUUUUAGCCUAACCGCAUGUAAAGUUUAUCACCUCUUCCUGUAUGCGAAAUAGCACGAGGCAAACAAAAAAAAAUACCAAGGUACCAAAUAAUAUUGCACUGGUGCCUGAUGAAGACGUAUGAUAAAGAAAAAAAGUUAAUGAAGCAAAGUGUGCACACACUUUCAUGGCUUGAAGAUAGGGUGUGUCAGUGUGUUUGGACCGCCGAAUCUGUAUUUUCGUUCGCGUUUGUAAGGAACCUUAGAAUAAAUACCGCUAGUGAUCUUCUCGCUACAUCAGCUCCCAGUUUCACGCAGAGCUACGAAUGUACACGUACUCUAGACACGUAUAAGAUAUUUAAGCUACAUUUGUGUAAUAAUAAUUCCUACGUGACCGUCGAAUGAGAAAAUACAGAUUCGACUACCCAAAAUUUAUUAAUAUAUAGUAAGAAGUCAUAUUUUGAACCUUAAAAGAGGAAAAACUGGAAACACGAACUGUGUAAUAAAAAUUAACUAUUCAGUACGGAAAAAAAUCAAUAUUGCCUUCAAAGUUUUUUGAGUGGAAUGUCGUCUGAAUUGCUCUGGGACUUGCUGAUGAAUUUAUUUUACUGAUACCAUUUCUAUGUGUGUAAAACAACUCUUGACUCUUAAACGCAAUAUUUUUUAAUCUGUGAAACAGUUUGUUUGUAAAGCAAAGAUAUUGAGUAAUUUCAAUUCAACUUCUAUGGAUAUUUAGUCUUUAAUUUUGAAGUGAAAUUUUGUUAAAUAUCUGACAAAUAUAUGCCAUAGUCAUGUUUAUAAUACUAUUGAUUCUUUUUAAUUAUCUAAUGUAUUCAUGUUUAUUUGCGAAAAAUAAAAUGACAACGUAAUAUUGAUAAAACUCUUUUGAUUUAAACGUCUAAUGAUCACUUUAAUUAGCAAUUUUCCAUUAUUCCAAUGUUCCAAUCGAUUCUUGCAAUCAUUCAAAUAUAAUCUAUAUUUGUCAGAUAUGAAUAUGUAGAAAAUUUCUUCAAAAUAAAAACAUUAAUUGAAUGAAAAGGAUUCUAUUUCUGAAUAAUUUUUCACUGGGUAUUUCAGUUCAAAUGUAUAACAUUUUCAAUGUCGUUAUGAUAUAAGUAAAUCUUUAUAUGUAUUUUAAUUAUAAAAAAAGGGUUUUCUUGAGUUCAAUUUAAAAUGUUGAUGAGUUAUUGGUAACAAAUCUUUUACACCUUAUAUGACAAAAAAGCAGAAAAUAAAUUUGUUUUUUUAAAGAAAAAUACAUUUCGUAAAAUAUAUAAAAAUAGUAAUUCUGGAAUUGUAAAUGAUGUCAGGUUUAUAUACAUUAAACAGUCGUUAAUCCACAAUUAACAGUGAGAUGCCUGUAAUGCACUAUGUGAAUACAUUUCAAGCUUUUUA